UUUCUCACUAUGGAUCCUCGCGUUCACAGACUUGGACCACGGAGCAGCAAUGGCGCCUGCGCUCUUCCCGACUCUGUACCACUGAUCUCUGUAUCUAUUUCCACUGUCAAUUCGCCCGCGAUCGCCCCCGUCCUCCCUUUCGAUCUACGAUAUGCAGACCCGAACUCGCCAGCCGCGAACUCAUGCUUGACCGCGCCAGCUCGGUCUCUGUCUCUCGAUGCCCUUUCCCUCUCACUCCAGACGCCUUGGGCAGCCCAACCAUCACUAAGCCCUUUCUCUUAGCUGCCCGACUGCAUGCACGAACCGGCAUCCCGCGUUUGGCAAGCUCACGCACACCCCCGAAGCACGCGUCAGAGUAUCAUGCCUGCGUAAACGCGUAAACGCGUACCGCUGUAUACCUGGCACUCCCGGUACUUCCCUGAGUAGGUGGUUUGCAACCCGUACAAUGGUGCAGGUACGCCUUUUUCUUGCAGACUUAUACCUUUCAGCGGCAUUGGAGCUCAAUUAUCUCCCUGCCUGUCCGGCAUCAGGCUACGAAAUGGUACGCGCCUUUUCUACGUAUCUGAGUUUGUUUCACUUGCCCAGCGUACACCUGUUCGCAUCAGAGCUCUCCUGCCGUCACGCAGCAUCUCCUUGAUUUUAUUCCCCCAUGGUAUCUUUGUUAUGCGACUGAUAUCGCUCUCGUCCCCUUUCCGCAUGUAGCCACGAUAUGUUUCCAUUCC